AUGUCCACCACAUCAACAUCAACACCGAAACCCCUCCACCAAGAACCAGAACCAAUACCAACCUCAAAACCACACCCCUCCCCCCUAAAAGCCUUCCUCAACCAAGAAAUCCGCGCAGACCUCCUCCUAGAAACCCAACUCCUCAUCCUCACCUUCCUAACCGGCAUCCAAGACGCCUCAACCUGGCUGGACUACACCUGCUUCGCCUCCAACCAAACAGGCAACACCAUCUUCCUAGCCCUAAGCCUCGCCUCCUCCUCCUCCCUCUCCCCACCACCACCAACAUCCCCAUCCCCAUCCCCAGACCAACCCCCACCCUACAGCUUCCCCAACAUAACCACCAGCCUAACCCUCUUCAUUACCGCAACCCUCACAUUCGGCCAACUAGGAAACCACCUCGGCCCACAUCGCCGUUCCUGGCUCCUCCUCUCCAACCUCCUCCAAACAAUCCCCGUCCUCGCCGCCCUAGCACUCCAACUCUACUACCCGAUAACGCGAGACGGCCCCGCCGCCAGGGCCGUCAUCGGGUGUCUCGCGUUCUCGAGUGGAGGACAGGUUGCGAUGGCAAGGGCGUUGGGGAUGACGGAGAUUACGACUGCCAUGGCGACGGCGGCGCUUGUGGAUGUUGGUAUUGAUGCUAGGCUUUGGAGGGCUAGGAAUCGGGGGAGGAAUCGGAGGCUGGCGUUUUUGGGGUGUUUGGUGCUUGGGUGUUUGGUUGGUGCUGUUUUGCGGCGGGUUGGGAGGGGGGUUCCUUUGUUGGUAUGUGUGGUUGGGAAGGGGGGUGUUUUUGUGGGGGUUUUGUUUAAUCGGGGGGUGGAUGGGGAGGAGGGUAAGGAGAAGGAGAAGGAUAAGGGGGAGGUUUAG